UGCUGGACCUCCUUCCACUCACUCAUGUCCCACCACUGCUGGUACCAUGGCUUUUUAUGUUGCUCUUUCCCUAAAUCAAGCACCAUGGCACCUGGCCCUCUGCUCCUACAGGGCUCGAAAGCCCUGCUCUGAGCUCCACAGAGAGGGGACGUGUGCUCUCCCAGGGGCUCUGGGCCCUGAGGAGAGAGAGCCCAACGGGGCUGGGCCUUCUGCAUCUGCAGGGCCUCUGUGUCUUGACUUGGCUGCAAUGAGCUCAUUUGGAAACCCCGUCUCCACUUCACGCUGGCGACGCUUUCCCUCCCUGGACUUCCGCGCGUGUCCCUUUGCAGGCUUGUGACCCUUGUGCUCUGGGCUGGCUCCACUCAGGUCUCGAAAACCCCCAUGCUCAGGGGCGAUGCCACCUUGCUAGAAAAUCCACUCCUAAGCCUGACAGGACUUCUUGAGUGUUCUUCAUAACCCUGAGAGGACUUCUCUGUUUUUCCCUAUCACCAGCCUGGACUUCUCCAGGCCCAGAUCUGCCUCCGCUCCUCCUGCCAGGUGCUGCUGGGAAGGUCUUGUCCCCGUUGCAGUCAUCCCAUUCCCACAGGCUCCACGCUGUGCCCCUAAGCCUACUCUGGUCCAUGCUGAACCAGUCCCGGACCCACAUCCCCCUCACGGGGCGAGUGCUCCAGCCCCACCGCAUCAGUGCUCUCCCCUGAACUCCUCCAGCUUGUCGACGUCUCUCCCGCCCGGGACCCCAAAGAGGACACGAUGCCCGGAUGAGGCCUGAUGGGUGCUAAGCAGAGGGGAACGCCCUGCUCCCUCCAGAGAGGGUCAAAAUCAAGGAGAUCCCUGAGGGCAAGCCAAGGGCUGCCAUUAGCCUGCUGUGGGGAGAACCAGGGCAACCCGAGGGCUGGCCAGCUGUGCUGGAGUGUAGGAAGAGCGGUGUGAGGACUGUGUCGUGCAGCCUCAAAGGCAGGCACGAGGUUUUAUGGAAUGGACGCUCUUGCUUCAUGGGCCUGGAGGUGUCUGCCAUGGCCAGGGUGAUCUGAUGGUGCACUGGGAAGACACGGCCAAGGCUGCAGUGACCGGUGGAUAACACCGAUGCCGAGAAGAAGACAAACACUUUGUGGGUCAGAGUGGUAAGUGACGUUGUGCUAGACACAGACGCAUGUGCUGGGGCCAGAGCGCCGCCAGAGCGAGCGCUGCGGGGCGGGACGGCCCAUUGUGAUGGCUCCGAGCGAUGCACUGUGAGAGCCUGGAGCGACGGAUUGUGACUGCGUGGCCCUCGCUGCUCAUAUGCGGGCGCAGAGUCCCACCCCGCUGGCUAGUGCCCGCACUCCAGCUGAGCGUUUACGCGAGGUCUGGAGUGAGGAGCAAGGUUGGCCUUGGUGCUGGUGUCGUGCUCUGGGAGUUGCUGCAGCAGCUCUCAGUGCCCUUCCCAGAGCCAUCAGAGAUCCUUCUGCGGCUCUGCCUCGUUCGGGCCGUCAGGAGACCCAGGAGGAGCGCUCGCAGCAGCAGAGCGUGACACCUGCUGCUGCAGCGCCGGUGAGAGGGAGCGGCUCGUCAUCGCCAGUUCUCCCCAGCUCACCUCAGCAGGCGGAGAGCAUGGCCACGGCGCUGGACACCCGCUGUCCCAUCUGUCUGGACAGCUGGGUGAACCCCAGCUAUGUGGUGCCAUGCCUCCACUGCUUCUGCUUUAAAUGCAUCCAGCGGUGGGCUGAGAGCAAGCCCGAGUGCCCCCUCUGCAAGAGGAGGGUGAGCUCCAUCGUGCACUCGGUGCGGGCGGACAACAGCUUCAAGGAGCUCGUCAUCCCACCACCUGCGGAGGCACCGGUCACCGCCCAGCAGGCAGACGGAGCUCCUGCCCACCCAGCCUCCCGACCAGAGGCUGCAGGACCAGUGCCCACAGCCGCUGUGGGCGGCCUCCACCCCGUCGCCUGGGCGUCCCUGUUCCGGCUGUACCCUGCUGUGCUCCAGCCCCUGCUGCCCUGGCUGCGCCACGAGCUGGGGCAGCUCCUCGGGGAUGACGGCAGGGCAGCCUCAGAAGUGCAGCGCAACGUCAUCUCAGGCCUGCGCUUCUUUGGCCUGGACGAGGGGGCCCUCACCCUGCUCCUGAGGACCUCCCUGGGAAGGCAGACGGCCGGCUUCGUGCAGCGGCUCAUUGUCACUGCCGUGCAGCGGUGCAGCGGGGAGGCCCGAAACAUCCUGGGCCUGGGGGCCUCCCGUGCUGCCGGAGGACAGGAAGGCAGCCCUGCAGCACUCCCCAGCCACACUGCCACAUCUCUGGGGACACCAUCAGCUGGCCCAGAGAGCUCCGAGGGAACCAACGCAGAGGAGCUCCCUGAGACCUCAGAUGCUGCCUUCCAUGGGGGACCGAGCCGCCUUCCAUCCGUCCCGGUUCCUGAGCCUAGAGAUCAACAAGUGCCACCGGAGGAACCAGAGGAGGCUGUGGCUGGUCCCUCCACUGCCGGCCAGGGCAGGGACCAAAGACGCAGGGGGCCCCAGCGAGCUGCGAAGAGGAGGGCCCCCACUUCCCACGCCUCUGCCCCACCCGCAAAGAGGCCACCCCGCCGGCGACACUAG